AUGGAAGUUAAAAGGUAUAUUAAAAGUGAGUCGGCGAGCUGCGCGCAUAUGGUGGAAGAAACUGCUGCCAACAGCAAGAAGAACGUCGACCCUCAUGAGAAAUUGAAGGCCCUAUUGAACUCCCCCGAGGAAGACACAGAUGAUAGCCUACCACCUUCUGAUGCUCCGAAGUUUGGUACAGUGAUACAUAAUAGAAUUUUCGUGGGAGGAUUUACUUUGACCACCACGGAUGAAGACCUGUGGAAGUUCUUCUCUGGUUUUGCGACGGUGACAGCUGCCAGAGUGAUUUAUGACAGAGCUGGGGUAUCCAAGUGUUACGGAUUCGUUACUUUCGCCAGCCCGCGCGUUGCAAGACUCAUUGUCAAACAGAGUGGAGGCGUUAUGUUUUCACCACUUGGACGUCUCAGGGUCGCUCAAGCUGUAAGAAAACAGAUGAGUCAACUGCCAGUACUGAGUUCGGAGGCGCCGCCGCUACAAGCGCCUCUUUGCUAUCAACUAUUGUGUGCGCCCCCAAUAGCGCCCCUUCCUGCAUGCGCGCCGUGCGAAAUGCCACCACCACCGUAUGCCGUCUAUCCUGUGCCCUUUGAAACAACCGGUCCAGCGAUCUACGGGCCGCCUGCUCAAUACGCGCUGCUGCCAGCGCCAUACAGUGCCGCCGCAUGCUGCGAGCCCGCCUGCUGCGCACCUUUGGACAAACAACCACGAGUCCCGCCGCCGCCCCUCCAUCAUGCCUUCAUCUACUAAACUCACCGAUCAAAAAGCACGUUGCUUAAUCACACCACUGUCUCAUUGGGUUAUUUUAAUUAUUUUAAUUACAAAUUGGCAUCAAAUUAGUUUGCAACGUUUUAUGAACAACAAAUUGAUGGUAAGUUAUGUUAUCAACCAAUCAGUGUCAACCAACAACGUCAUCUAGUCCUAACUAGAUCCUAAUAUGGCGUUAAGUAAGAAAUGGUAAGUUCCCUGGUCACUGUGUUAACAUAAAUUUUAUUGUCAUUGGAAUAUAAAUGGCAUAUUAGUAGAACGUUAAACAAGUCACUGCCAAUGGAAGUAACGUCAUCAAUUUAAAGUAGAUAUGUAAUUCUUAUCUUGCAAAGAAACUCUGAAAGUAUUUUUAAGAUUGUUUGAUUGAAAGUCAUACUUUCAAAUGUUAAAAUCCAGUAUAACUGCCAUUAAUGUCUAAAUGAUAGUCCCUGAUUAGUUCUGACGCAAAUGUGACAAUUUCUUUUAAUCCUUAUUUCAAUCAUUUGCCCCAUUCCACUUUCGUUUCAUUCGUGAAGAUCGCUUUAUGUCAAUACCAUUCCUUUCGUCAAGUCUUCCAAGCCUCAUGCUCAAAUCGUUUCUGUCUUCACUCCUUGUAUCUUCCUUAAUAAUUAAGGUGAACGAUCUGCCAAUGUUUUGGUUUUAUGUCACUUUUAUCAUACGAUCAUAUACUUUAAGAAUUUUUUUUGGGCAUCUAUUUUGUAAACGAAAAAAUCAUUGUGGAAGAUCGUUGGGCGACGUCAAAGGUGAAUUUGCUAUCGCAAAACAGUUUUAAAAAGGGCUAAAAACAAACAUUGUC